UACAAACAGCGAGCUCAAAUUACCCCUCGUAUCUCCACCUUGGUCUUGGCGGUUAAGAAACCAGGACAAGAAACAGGAAGUAAGAAAUAAGCCAUAAGCAGGGAGUAGUUAGUUAAAGAGUAGUUAGUUAAAGAAUAGAGUCAGUUCCAAACCCAAAACCAUAAUAUCUCUGUAUCUAUCUCAAAGUGGAUAUGGUUUUUACAUGCACUUUGACUUGUCUUUCUGGCACUCAAUCCCAAAGGUUAUUUACUUGGAAUAGUGUGCAACAACACUACUCUGCCCUUCCGUUGCCUCCUUAUCCUUUCAAGCCAUGUUGCUCUUCCUCUUCUCGUAACCAUAAUCAUACUUUUUCUCUCAUUCAAGACUGUGCUGUCAUUGCUUGCCUUCGUGCCAAUAGUGCUGAGCAGGCAAUGGAAGCUGCUCGAGCUGCGGUUAAUGGUGGCAUUGAAGUUCUGGAGAUUGUUAGGUCAACCCCAGGAGUGUUUGAGGUCUUGCAGGCUCUGGUUAAGGAGUAUCCUACUAAGGCCUUUGGUGUUGGGACUGUUUUAAAUGCUGAGGAUGCCAAAACUGCUAUGAAUGCCGGAGCCAAGUUUCUUAUGAGUCCUGCCACAGUGAAGGACAUUAUGGAUAAUGUUCAAGAUGCUGAUGUUUUAUACAUGCCCGGUGUAAUGACCCCAACAGAAAUAUUCUCUGCGUAUAAUUCUGGUGCCAAGAUUGUCAAGAUCUAUCCUGUUUCUGCAUUAGGUGGUACACGAUACAUAUCAGCAAUCAUGAAGCCUUUUCCUCACAUCCCAAUGGUUGCUUCCCAGGGCAUAACUAUAGAUUCAGUAGGAGACUAUAUUGCUCAGGGAGCAAUAUCGGUUGUUUUAUCAGAUGCUAUAUUUGAUAAAGAGGCAAUGGGACGAAAUAACUUCAAUGCCAUACAUCAACUUGCCAAAUCUGCUGCUUUGCAGGGCAAAAUUGCAGUGGAAUGGAAGAGGAAUUGCAGGCUGACUUUUUUCCCUCACUCAUAAGAGAACUGUCAUCUAUAUCAUCUAUACCAGACUACUGCUGCUCUAGCACCACCAACUAUAUACCUUUGAUAUGUUUAAGCAAGGAAUAUCUUCUGACCACACAAACAGGUAAAACUGUCAUGUCGUCCAUAGGCAGUAUGUUUUCUUUCUGCACCAUUUCUCCCCUAUGCUGAAUUAUUCAUUGAUUUUUUUUUUUGCAUCAGCAUUAUGUUUCAUGCUUUGGUUGUCAUCAACAUUGUUAUCAUCACAAUUAAUCCCAAACUCACUUACCCUUUCUUUCCA